GUAAAUUUUUUUAGUUAUACACUAAAAUACUACAGGCGUAAGGAAACUGUUUAAGGCGGUGGUUGCUUCUUCUUCGCCACCGCUCCAAGAGGAAACCCGAUUUACAUGGACGAGAACAAGCAAAAGUGCAGCCGCUCCUCAACGCACUCCUCUUCUCGUUUAUCUCAUGUAAACAAUCUGGAUGAUGGUUGUUUGAUGCAUAUCUUCAGCUUCUUAUCUCCAAUCCCAGAUCGGUAUAACACAGCCCUCGUUUGCCACAGAUGGCUUUUCUUGGCGUGUCAUCCUGGCCUUUGGUUGCGAGUUGACCGGGCGGUCAAAGGGUUAAAAGAACCUGGCGUCUUUCCAAGCAUCGAAGAAGCUGUUUCUGCUGCAAGGCCAGGGGACACGAUAUUGAUUGGAGCAGGAGGGUUUCAUUCUGCUUCAAAUAUUCAAAUAAAAAAACCACUGUGCUUGAUUGGAGGAGGUGACCUCCCUGAUGACACCACUCUCCUAUGCUCUCGAGGAUCUGACAGCGCUUUGGAGUUUCUAUCAACGUGCAAAUUGGCAAACCUAACCGUAAAAGCAGAACUUGGCUGCUGUUUGCUUCACAGAAGCGGUAGACUGAUAAUCGAAGACUGUAAUCUCCAAUGCGAGUCCAACCCUUUAGACUAUCUCUCCUAUGCCAUUAUCACCACUGCCGGUAGUGGCUGUGAACCACCACUACCACCGCCUUCUGCCGCCAAGAUAACUGGCGGCGAUAGUGUAUCGGUUUCCCAAACUCGAAUCAUGGGCGGUGCGAAAGCUGUUUUGACUAGCGGCACACUCGCAUUGCAGCAAGUCCGUGUCAUUUAUGCACGCACUUCUAUGUGUUUCUGGUUCAAUGUGGUUCAUCAAUUAUAGUGAUAUAUCGUUUAUAUACCGACAUAUGUUGUAAAAUAAUUUCAUUAGUUGAAUGACAAUUAAUAGCAACGUAUUUAUAUAUGUUUUUUUCAUUGUAGUAUUUAUUUAUGUAGAUGAUUGUUAAUUGUUGGUUUGUUGGAAAUGGAAUUGAAUAUUUGUCAUGUGUUGAUAUCAGUAAAAUAUACAAAUACAUUGCUAUUGUUGGUUUAUUCAUGCUCACAACCAAUAUGAGCAUUGUACUUCAUUUGUCACGUGUAUUAUAAGUAAAGAAAAAUUUAAUAUUUGUCAUGUGUUGAUAUCAGUAAAAUAUACAAAUACAUUGCUAUUGUUGGUUUAUUCAUGCUCACAACCAAUAUGAGCAUUGUACUUCAUUUGUCAUGUGUAUUAUAAGUAAAGAAAAAUUUAAUAUUUGUCAUGUGUUGAUAUC